GUACCUCAUUGAGUUUCACCCUAAGGAAAGCCACGGUAGAGUCAGUUAUAGCUUGCUGUGUUCUCUUAGUUUGUUGAUAAGUGAUUCUACGAGUAAACAGGAGAUAGUUGAAUACACAGAGCGAACACCUUUACAAAUAGAUCGCUAGAGGAAAAAGCAUAUAUAGAAUAACUUCUAUUGUUUUGUGCAGUUAUAUUUUGUAACUCGUAAUCACGUGAGACAUCAUCAUGAUUGCCAUUGCAUUGGGGCUCUUAAUAGCUUGCUCGUCAGUGUCGGCUCUACCGAGGCCGGGCCCCCAACCCCGAGCCGCCCCUGGACCCCAACCUGACCCAUACAUUGGCGCAGUUGGAGGAUGUGGAUGUGUAGAACCCUGUUACGGAGGAUUUGGCCGUACAGAAGCAUUUGCGUACUCAGAUCCCCCUGUAUUAGUCGGUGAAGAAGUCUAUGGAGGUUACCCGAUUGGAUACGGUGGGUUGGGUGGAUUCCCAGGAUACGCUGGAGUCGGUGGAUUCCCAGGAUACCUUGGAGUCGGUGGAUUCCCAGGAUACCUUGGAGUCGGUGGAUUCCCAGGAUACGCUGGAAUCGGUCCAUACCCAGGAUUCAGUUUGAUAUAAAUAUUUAUACUGCUAAGGUCGGUCAUAUUUUAUUAUUCUGAUAUUAAUUAAAUCGUAUACAAUUCUUUUACUUAGAAUUAGUAUUUUUAUAAGAUCAUGAAAAUAAACUAUGUUGAAAUCUUUUAGUGGUACCUUUGGUUCCCUGGAAAUUUCUGAUCCUGUGGAUUGUGAUAAUGUAAAAUAUAUUAACAAAGAAUCA